AUGCCACCAAAGAAGAAAAAUGCCUCUUUAAAAGGGGCAGAAGCAUACAAAGUUGUUGAACAAUACUUAUGUUCUCAAAGGAAGCCAUUUGCAAUCAAUGAUAUUGUUCAGAAUUUACAUGGUAAAAUUACCAAGAAUGAUACUAUUAAAAUAUUAGAUGAAUUAGUUCAAGAAGAUAAAAUUGCCUUAAGAACUUUUGGGAAAAUACUGAUAUAUUCUUCAAAGGAUUUACCUAUAAAUUACGAAGAAGAAUUUGGGAAGAACGAUCUAGAAGGGAAAUACAGCUACCAGACAUUAACUCAAUUAAACGAAGAAGUAAUGGAGGUAAGUCGAGACGAAAGUACUGUUAAGAAAGAACUUGAAGAAAUUUUGAAGGUUCCAACGAAUGAACAAUUGAAAGUCGAAGUUCAACAAUUUGAAACAGAUGUUGAAAACUUUCAAGAAUCCUUAAAGAGUGUCAAGGAAAAUACUAACGCAGAAACAAGAUUAGAAUGCACAUAUAUCCUGAAUACAACAAUAUCUUUGGAAAAAGAAAUUCGUCUAAGAAAGAAAAUAUUUAAUAAUAUUGCCUUAAUAAUUAAGGAUCAAGUGAGACCCAAAUCAAUGAAGGAUUUUAUGGAAGAUAUCGGUGUAGAAAAUUACACCUGA